AUGGACAAGACAUUAGUACCUCCUUCACUUGAAGGAAGUGUUCAAUGGAGUAAUGACAUGUUUAGUCCUUCAUUGCAAGCAGCCAUCAAUGACAUCAUCCCAAGUCAAGACCCAAUCGAUCGUCAUGACUUUAACCCUGUUACAUUUAUCAACGAUAACUUUACUUCUGAACAAUCAUUGGUACAUAUUGAUUCAUUUAUGAAUAAAUUACAUAUAAAGAUUCACAAGAUUGAUGAAGAGAUUAUUCAAGAGGUUAGAUUACAGAGUUCAACUGGGUCAAAGGGUAAAGAAGACCUAGAGAAUGCAAAACGAUCAAUCAAUGAACUACUGACAAAGAUUGGUGACAUUAAAUCAAAGGCUAUCAAAUCUGAACAAAUGGUCACAGAGAUUUGUAAAGAUAUCAAAUCAUUGGAUUGUGCUAAAAAGAAUUUAACAACUGCUAUUACAACUUUAAAAAGAUUACAUAUGAUGGUUACUGGUACAAAACAAUUAAAAGAAAUGGUAGAUUUAAAACAAUAUGGUAGAGUUGCUAAUUUGUUAGAGGCAACAUCACAAUUUGCCGAUGGAUUUAAAGAUUAUCGUGAUUCACCAAAGAUUGCAUCAUUGUAUAGUGAAUUGGAGGCGAUUAGAGAUAAAGUAAAGACUCAAAUCUAUGAAGACUUUAGAAACUAUAUCCCAUUCACAAGCAAUCAACUCAGACCUGGUGAAGAGAAUAGAUGGAAGAGUGCAUGCUACGUGAUCGAUGCUCUUGGCGCCUCUAUGAAAAAUGAUUUCCUUCAUUGGUUCUAUGACAUUCAAUUGGCCAACUACAAGAGUGCCUUUGGUCCAGGCUCUGAGCAAAACAGUCUAGAGUAUACCAAAAAGAGAUACAGUUGGUUGAAACGUCAAUUAAAGGUAUUCUCUGAAGAAUAUGCAAAUGUAUUCCCUCCAGAAUGGAAAAUGGAAGAAGAAAUUACUUUUGCUUUUUGUGUUGCUACAAGACGGUCAUUAUCAGAUAUUUUACAAAAUAAUAGUAGAAAUAUUGAUAUUACUGUAUUAUUGAAUGUAUUAAAUAUAACUAUAGAGUUUGAAAAGCAUAUCUAUGCUUUAUUUGCAAAGAAUUCAAAGGAAUCACCAAGAUUAUUAUCAGAAGAUUUAAAUAAUAAUAAUCAAAAUGAUUUUAGAGGAGAAGAGGAAGAAGAAGAAGAUGAAGAUGAAGAUGAAGAUUUUAUGGGAGAGAAAAUGGAGAAUAAUCAACAAUCACCAACUACCAAUGGAGUUGUUGAAUCUGUAUCGGAACGUUAUAAACAAAGACUCAAAAAGAAAGAGAUGGAACGUAAUGAGAGUAGUACUUCAUUGUCAUCGGAUCCAGCUGGCAAAUCACCAACGAUGGUUUCAAAACCAGUGGUAGAAUUGCGUUCAUACGAAAGAUUCAAGGGUAUCAUCUCUCAAUGCUUUGAUCCAUACAUGGAGUUGUACAUCAAAAAAGAGGAUCAAGAAUUUGAAGAAACCCUUCGUAAACUCGAAAGUGAAGAGAGAUGGUAUGUUGAUGAAGAUGCCAUCAACAAGGUACUCUCUAGUGCCACCGAUCUCAUCAUGUAUUUCCGUUCUGCCAUGGAUCGUUGCUCUACCUAUUCCAGAGGUCAAACCUUUUAUUCUCUAUUUAUUCUAUUUAAAAAAUAUCUUUCUCAAUAUUCUACCAUUUUAUCAAACAAAAUUCAUAUGGAUGUUGGAAGAAUUCAUGAACAAUCAGAGGACAAGACAAUAUGUUUUAUUAUUAAUACAUCUGAAUAUGUAAACAAGACGAUUAAUCAAAUUACAGAAAGAUUCAAGAGAGUGAUUGACGGACCAUACGUUGAAAAGAUUGAUUUGAAACCUGAACAAAAUGAAUUCUCUAGUGUCAUUGCCAAGGCGAUUAAAUCGUUGGUUGGUGGUAUUGAAGCACGUCUUGCACCACAUAUGCAGACCAUGACACGAAUCGAUUGGGUUAACCAUCAAUACGUUGGUGAUCACUCACCCUAUGUCGACCAGAUCUUGAUGAUCAUCAACGACGCUAGCAACUUGAUUGUUGCUCAUCUCUCAACCGCUCACUACAAAUAUUUCUGUGAUGUAUUUGCUGCUAGCUUUAUCUUUUCAGUCACACAAUCCAUCUACAAGUGCGAAAAGAUUUCAGAGAUUGGAUCACAAGGUAUUCUACUCGAUAUCACAACUAUCAAGACUUGUUUCCUCGAAUUACCAGGCAAACUCAAAGACGGCACUUCACAUACCCGUUACACAAACCUCGUCAACAAGGAGUUUGGUAAAGCCGAAGCUAUCCUCAAGGUGGUUGGGUGUCCAAACGACGCUUUGGUCGAUACAUACAAUGCUCUCAUCCCCGAAGGUUCAGACAAGGACUUUCAAAAGAUCAUGGAACUCAAAGGUAUCAAGGCUGGCGACAAGACUGAAUUACUCGAGAAAUAUAUAAACAAGGUUGAUAAAACUCUUUCCUCUUUUACUAAAUUCUUUGGUCAAAGAAAUAUUAAUAAAUAA